CGACAAGUCACGCCGCGGGAAGGACGGACGCACGCGCCGCUGCCCCUCCACGGCCAUGGCCGAGCCAGCUCGCCGCUGCUGCCUGGGCUGGGACUUCAGCACGCAGCAGUGAAAUGGCCUCAGGGUACACAUGAACUUUGUUCUACCCUGUGACAGCCCUUGGUUGGCGCCAGUGUGCUCAGGUCAAUGUGCGCGGCACUGCUGGCCAGAGGAUGGGCUGUACUGCUCCCAGGGCCCCGCAGACAGGCAAGGUGAAAGUUGUUGCUGUUGAUGCAGAGCUGAAUGUCUUCUAUGAGGACAGUGUGCACUUUGACAGAGACCUUCUAGAAUUUGGGACUCAGGGUGGAGUUCAUGUUCAUGAGAAUGGGCUGACAGUGACUUCUCCUGUCCUGAUGUGGGUCAAGGCUUUGGAUAUCAUCUUGGAGAAGAUGAAGACUUCGGGCUUUGACUUCUCUCAAGUCCUCGCCUUGUCUGGGGCAGGCCAGCAACACGGAAGUGUAUACUGGAAGACUGGGGCCAGCCAGGUGCUGACAAGCCUGUCACCAAACCUCCCGUUGCAUGAGCAGCUGCAGGCCUGUUUCUCCAUCAGUGACUGCCCAGUGUGGAUGGACUCCAGCACCACAGCCCAGUGCCGCCAGCUGGAGGCCGCUGUGGGUGGGGCCCAGGCUCUCAGCUGCCUCACUGGGUCCCGCGCCUAUGAGCGUUUUACAGGAAACCAAAUCGCAAAGAUUUACCAGCAGAACCCUGAGGCCUACUCACACACAGAGAGAAUUUCUUUGGUCAGUAGUUUUGCUGCCUCCCUCUUCCUUGGCUCUUACUCCCCAAUUGACUACAGUGAUGGUUCUGGAAUGAAUUUGUUGCAGAUCCAGGACAAAGUCUGGUCACAGGCUUGCCUUGGUGCCUGUGCACCUCAUUUAGAGGAAAAGCUUGGCUCACCAGUACCAUCAUGCUCAGUUGUGGGAGCCGUUUCUUCCUACUAUGUCCAGCGCUAUGGAUUUCCUCCAGGAUGCAAAGUGGUGGCCUUCACUGGGGACAACCCAGCGUCGCUGGCAGGCAUGAGGCUGGAGGAAGGUGACAUUGCGGUCAGCCUAGGCACCAGCGAUACCCUGUUUCUCUGGCUCCAGGAGCCCACGCCCGCCCUGGAAGGCCACAUCUUCUGCAACCCGGUUGACACCCAGCACUACAUGGCGCUCCUAUGCUUUAAAAAUGGCUCCCUCAUGAGAGAGAAGAUCCGCGAUGAGUCGGCUUCCCGUUCCUGGAGCGAGUUCUCUAAGGCACUGCAGUCCACAGAGAUGGGGAACGGUGGAAACCUCGGUAGGCUGUUUGGUGAUGCCCAGGCCUGUGGAGUGGCAGCAGCUGCUGGUUUUUAUUUUGACGUAAUGGAGAUCACCCCUGAAAUUGUUGGACGUCAUAGGUUUAGUGCAGAAAACCGUGAGGUGUCAGCAUUCCCCUGGGAUGUGGAGAUUCGAGCACUGAUCGAAGGACAGUUCAUGGCCAAGAGGAUUCAUGCCGAGGGCCUGGGGUAUCGAGUCAUGCCCAAGACAAAGAUUUUGGCCACUGGAGGGGCAUCUCACAACAGAGACAUCUUACAGGUGCUUGCAGAUGUGUUUGGUGCCCCAGUGUAUGUCAUAGACACCGCCAACUCAGCCUGUGUGGGCUCUGCAUACCGAGCAUUUCAUGGCCUUGCAGGUGAAACAGAUGUCCCCUUUUCAGAGGUUGUGAAGUUAGCCCCAAAUCCCAGAUUAGCUGCUACCCCAACCCCAGGAGCUUCUCAGGUCUACGAGGCCCUCCUCCCGCAGUACGCCAAGCUCGAGCAGAGAAUCCUGUCCCAGACCCGGGGGCCUCUGCAGUGAAUUCUACAGGCCCAGGUGCCCCUGUUAACCCUGCCUGCCCAGACUCACUGAUCCUACUUGGAGAUGGGGCCCUGGACAGUAGGGAUCUUCUUCCUUGUUCCAAGCGGCCCUGUCUGCCCACCUGACUCCUUGCAGCGUUGCAGCCCUGCGUGGGACCACCUUGAAGUCCGCCUUAGCACAUCUUCCUGAACAUAAAUGGGCUACUUGUAUCCCUGGGCCCUUGUGCCCAGAGCUGGAAACCAUCUCUCUUUUCCUGUCUUUUAUCCCGGGAGGCAGGAUAACACUGAGUCUGGGAUAUGUCCAAUAAAAAUUAUGACUUUC